GUCAAUUGUUAAGAGUAGAAACCGUUCACGGAGACCACCUGAAUAUGAAAUUGAGAGGCUUCAUUGCCAACAGUUCAGUGAAUGGUUCCAAAAACGGGUAUCACGUUUAGUAGAAGAAGGGGAUGCAAGAGUCAGUGAAGAAAUAAAAUGGCUUUCUCUUGGUCCUCACACUUCAGUGAAGAAGUAUUCAGGAUAUUUUGUGAAGGGAUAUCGUUUUCACACAAAAAAUCAUGAGAGGUUCUUGAAAACACAAAACAGUGGGAUUGUUGUAACAGUGAAAAGUGAAAGUUUUGCUAGCCCCCGUGAUAGGAGGCCAAUUUCUGGUGUGAUAAACUACUAUGGCUCACUCAAUGACAUCAUUGAGUUGAACUAUUCUGGUAAACUAAGAGUUGUUCUAUUCAAAUGUGACUGGGUUGAUGUGAAUAGAGGUGUGAAGCAAGAUAAUAUGGGAGCAACACUAGUUAACUUUUCAUAUUUGACACACACCGGAGCAAAUUUGCUUGAUGACCCAUUUGUUCUCGCCUCACAAGUUGAUAAAGUCUUUUAUGCCAAAGAUUCCAAAUCUGAAGAUUGGUUGGUUGUGAGGCAUGUCAAAGUUAGAGAUAUGUUUAACCUUGGAAACAAUGGUGAUCGUAUAAACAUGUCAAAUGAUGUUUUAUUUGACAUGCCAAACUUGCAUAGAGUUGGAGACAAUGGUGAUAAUGGAGUUGAUGUCACUCCAAUGAUGGAAGUAGAGACCAGUGAUGAAGAAGAUGCAGAAGCUAGCAAAAAUGCUACUUAAAUAGCCAAAAUUAUUAUUAACUAAAAGCUCAU